AUGGCUGAAUCACUAGCUAACCCAAUCAUAGCCUCUAAAGACAGCCAAGAUGCUCUUGCUGGCCCAAACACUACAGGACCCCAGACGUCAGACCCUGUCAAGUCCGAAACAGAGAAAAAGAAACCACUAGGAACGGCAGAAGAGCUGCUUGAGCUGAAAGAGGAGCUUGCCCGUACAGUGGCAGUCGUUGAGAGACAAAAUCAUGAACGAGAAAGACUUGAGGCCCAGCUCAAGGAGAAUACAAAACAAGCCUCUGGUGAUGACUUAAAAGGGCUACUGCUGCAAGUGAAAAAUCACUUCACUGGAGUAGAGGAGAGAACCAAGGAUGAAACUUGGUCACUAGGUCGCAAGGUCUACGAAAUCGGUUGGGAGCUCCAGUAUAUCGAGGCUCUCACCGGAAUCGUGGACACUGCCUCAGAAGAGCGCGACAAUCUACGUAAUACCACGUCGAAGUUGCAGAGUUAUUGUAACAUGCUGAGAGACGAGCUGCAAAAAGCACGCCCUGGAGAUCGAAUUCUGUCCUAUGAAGAGAUUACUGAAAACGAGAAUCAAGAAGAAAAUGCGAAAGCAGGUGCAUUCAAUGACGGGCUAAUAGUCGAACUGAACCCCAUGGACUGGAAAAUGUUCAAGUUUCCACACAACCCCAAUCAGCUAGAGAGUCGAUACUUUGUCAUUGAUAUCUCGAUAGAGGAGCCGGUCAUCAGUUUUGACGACUACACCAAUCCCUGGUUUGCGCGCCGUACGUUACCACAGUCACAAGAAAGUACAGUAGGCGUUGUGGCAACGGCCGAAAAAAGCCUGUCUACAUGGAAAGAGAUGACCGACGGUUCAGAUCCCAGCAAGCAAGUUGUGCCCGAGCGAAUCCGAAUAAGAUCAAAGUACAUCAUCGACAUACUUCGAGAGAUUUUCCAAUUGAAGCCUAAGCCAUACGACAGCAACAAUGGGAUCGUCAUGGUCCGGCCCUACCGGGCACUUGUGCACUAUGAUAAGGAGAUUCGUGCCAGGUAUCGUGAGCUAGGAGAGGCUAUUCUUGCCAAAUCCGAGGAGGAGCCGCCUGAGGACAGAAAACCGGUGGAAACUGGGAAUGAAAAGCAAGAGACCUCUGAGACUAAGGACGCAGCUGAAGAUGGAUCGAAAGACGAACAUACGUCUUCCUUGACGGCUUAUCAGCAUCUCGGCUGCCUAAUUCAAUUUAUGGAUCGCGUAAUUCAGGCCAAAAUAAACUUCCUAUCACAGCCCUCCGCCCUGCGAACAAUAGCAUUCAAACACAUCUGGUACCUCUUCAAGCCAGGAGACACCGUAGUCGGCCAAGGACAGCAGCAAGUAUACAGAGUCAUGAACAUCACCAGCACCGGCCACUUGGUCACUCCGCCCUGGCGAAACUGGAACAAGGACGAAAACUCACCAGUAGAAAACAUCACUCUUCACUGCGUCUACAUCGACUUUGACGGCAAACAGCUGGGCCCGGUAUACCAAAUCUUUACUAUUGAAAAGUUUGACAGCGAAAAGGCCAUCACUGCUCUCGACGUCUAUCCCAUCCGAUUCGCAUCCGGGGGUUUUCGCGUUCGCAAUGGAAACACAGAAACCGGCGAGAUGUACUACAGAAGAACACUAGUAGAGCGCGGCAAGGUGUUUGUUGACGUUGCACAUAUAAAGCACAUGCACUACAACGGCUUUGCGCUGGAGACGCGCGACGAGGUCGACAGCCAAGUCAUGAUUGACUUUGCAGAGGCCUUUGCAGUAAAGGAUGCAGAAACAGCUGCGGCAAACGCCGCGAACGAGUCGGCCCAGGUGAAUACCUGGCAGCCAAAGGUGGAAUCCAUCAUUGGACGAGAUCUGGGACAAAGUUCUUCAUCAGACGACAAGGAUGCGCACUCGUGUCUGGGCGCUUGCUGCAAAGGCGACUAUGUAUAUGCCGACGCCUACAUUGAGAAGAAGAGAUAUGAGGAAUACGCCGCAAGCAUCAUACCCAAUCCCGAGGAGCUUAAUAUUGAGCCGCCUGUGGCUAUUCAUCCGCGUGCAUUGAAGGAAUUGACAGCAGCCAAGAAUCCGCUGACAGAUGACGACUUCUUGAUCAUGCCGUAUCGGGUAUUCGGUUUCGUCUUGCGAAGCCGUAAAUGGGCAAAACUCGAUCUUAAAUACUUGACUGCCGUGGACGAAGUCCUAAAGAAGAAGACAGCUUUUGACCAGCUUGUCCUCCCAACGGGCCACAAGGAUAUAGUCCACUGUUUGGUCGCUCAACACUUUCGUGACAAGGCUGCUAGAGUCAGUGACAACGAAGAAGUUGAUAUCGUACGAGGAAAAGGAAAGGGUCUUAUCAUCCUGCUCCACGGAGCUCCUGGAGUGGGCAAGACAACCACAGCUGAGGGCGUUGCUGAACGCUUCAACAAGCCAUUGUUCCAAAUUACCUGUGGAGAUCUCGGCACCACAGCCAGCGAAGUCGAAACAGCCCUAGAACGCAACUUCAGCCUCGCCAACCGCUGGGGCAGCAUCCUCCUCCUCGACGAAGCCGACGUCUUUCUCGCCCAACGCUCCCCAAAGAACUUUAUCCGAAACGGACUCGUCGCCGUCUUCCUCCGCGUCCUCGAAUACUACGCCGGCAUCCUCUUCCUCACAACCAACCGCAUCGGCGACUUCGACGAAGCCUUUGCCUCCCGCAUCCACGUCAGCCUCUACUACCCGCCCCUCGACCUCAGAUCCACCCGCAAAAUCUUCAAGCUCAACCUGCGCCUCAUCAAGGAGCGCUUCCAGGAGAAGAACCGCUCCAUCACCAUCAACAAGAAGGAAAUCCUAAACUACGCAAGCGACUAUUGGGAGAAGAAUGAAAAGAUGCGCUGGAACGGCCGCCAGAUCCGAAAUGCCUGCCAGACGGCCCUGGCCAUUGCCGAGUUCGACGCCCAAAAGGAUGCUUCCGGCGACGACGAUGCCAAGGACGCGCAGGUCACGCUAUCCGACGGCCACAUCAACACCGUCUUCUCAGCUUAUCUCGAGUUCAUGCGCUACCUCAAGAACAUCUACGGCAAGGACGCAGACAGAGUAGCCAAAGACAUGGGAAUCCGCGCGCGAGAAGCCGCUAUCGCCAGGCUAGUUGACGCCGACGACUCAAGCGACAGUGACGACGACGAUAAACCCGCGAAGAAGCAAGAACAAGCUCAACCGCACACAACUCCUCCACAAGCUCUCACUUCUCCCACCAUCCCAUUCCUCGACAACAAAAUCCCCGCCAUAGCAGAAAUCAAUCCCAGUCCCAACCUAGCCGCCCCCAGCCUCGCCACCACAAACGGAUCACCAACUCCCUCCUCCUCAGCAACAGCCGGACACUACCAAUUAUCCUCCGGCCAACCCCAAUCUCAAUUCCAAGCUCCGAAUCAUUACAUGGUACCCAACGGCUACCCAGCAAACGGACCCCCACCCACCUUCUACCCUCCCUACAUGAACAUGAUGUACAACCCCCAAGCCUUCAUGCAAGCCCAAGGCCAAUACCCAAACAUGGCCUCCCAGCAACCACAACUCCAAGCACAAGCACAAGCACAAACGCAAACGCAAACGCAAACACACACGCAAACUCAAGCAUCCUUAACGCCUGGCAGCCCUCCCCAGAUGCCAAACGCAGCAGCAGCACAACAAAUGCCCAACAUGAUGCAACAGAUGCCUCACAUGACGCCGCAAAUGGCCGCUCAGAUGGCUGCUCAGCAGGGCUGGCCAAAUAUGAACUGGCAAGGCAUGCAAGGAGGGGGGCCGGUAAUGUAUCCCGGUAUGGCCAUGAGCAAUGCUAACGAGAGCACUCCCCCAGUGUCACAACCUGGAGCUUGA